UUCGCUCCGGUGUAUUGACGCAGCAUUCAGCGGGGAUGAGGCGCGCUCUGCGUUCGCAGCGGGGACAUCGGACUGCGCGCACAGGAAACGAAACCUAAACAGUGAGACGGUAAAAACAUUAAAAAAAAAAAAAUAAAGACAAAAAGAAACAAAAAUAAUAUCUUUGUUUGCUUGUGAAUCCCUGGCGGCCUGCAGCGGGCUCAUGGAGAGCGCAGCCCCGGUUGUCCGCAGGUUGUUCGGAUGCCUUUCACCGCAGCAGCCUCGUUAGACGUUCUCUGCGCCGGAUUAAUUGUUUGACCAAUGGCUCCAAAACAUGCGCUCCUCUCGAGCGGCUCCGGGGCCGGAGGGGUGAAUAACACGAGGGACCCCCGCCGCUCUUCCACUCCGACGGCACGGAUUGCGGAUGCGGGUACGGCGGCCGCCUGUUCGCCGAGGAACGGGAAAAGGACUCGAGCGUCGGACUGGCUCCCGGCCCGGCGGAUGGGGACCGUCGGCGCGGUGCUGAUGCUGAUGCUGCAGAGCUCUGUGGCCGCUCACGCGGAUGGAGGUCACCACGUGUCUGUGGGACGGCCUGUCGUGGCCCUGGAUCCCGCGGCGCCCUCCAUCCUCUCAGCCACCACCCUGACCGGAGACUCAGCCGGGUCCAAUAACCAACACGCCCAACCCAGACGUUGGCCAGAGGAUAAGGUUUUUACUGAGACCCGAGUUUGGACCGAAGCAGAAGUGGCGGUUCGCGCUGGGGCAGAUGGCACGGUCUUUGCGGAGACCUUGGCCAAAGUUGGGGCUGAAUGGAGUCCCGUGGAUGAGGGGAGGGGAGGCCUGGCAGGCUCGCCCAGGGACCCGGCCGCCAGGACGGAGCGGCAGAGGGAGCAGGCAGCCCUCUCAUCGCCCCCCAAAGGAGGGAUAGCGCCGCGAAAACCUUUAGGGCUUCUGUCCAAAGCUGCUUGGACCAGGGGCACCUCUUCAUCCUCAUCCAAGGCCUCCUCUUCCUCAUCCUCGUCCUCAACCACAACAAAGGCAUCCUCUUUGCCCUCCUCCUCUUCCUCAUCUUCUCCAGCCAGCAAAAGAGACAGUGAGACAACAAGACCAGACAACGGGUCCCUGGCCGCCACCAACAGCAAGUCCUCCGGCAGUAAUAGCAGCUCCAGUUUGGAGGAGUCAGUGGGCAACCUGCCAGCCUGGGAUCUGCCGACAGUCCCCGGGUCGCUCCCGUCCACAAUGGACGACCGCGAUGUCCCACUCCCUGCAAACAUCACCAGCCCUUUCUCCACCCAGCAGUGGAACACCACCAUGCCUGUGCGUCCCAGAAACACCUCAAAGCACACGCCCACAUCAACCACCACUGUAAUCACAUCUCCAUCACCCACCACCACCACCUCAGCGUCACCGUUAUCGACCACAGCGACUGCACAAACACUACCGGGAUCAAGCACAGCUUCUCAAACCACGAGCCCGGACACUGUGACCAAUGAGGGCCCUCAGCUGACGACAGUAACCUCAACGACCACUGAUACUGUGACUGCUGCUGGGAUGACGACACAAGCGACAACCACUGGGAUCGCUGCAACAGUCCCACCAAAUACAACCACCACCGCUGCUGCAUCCGCCCGUCUAACAACAAGCCUCAAACUGACCACAGCGGCUCAGCACACAACCGCCAUGAUGACCACACCUGCCACUACAACCAGCACCACGACUACAGUCCCCCCGACCACCACCACCACCACUCCGCCUCCCACCACUACGCCUCCCACCACUACGCCUCCCACCACCACGCCUCCCACCACUACUACGACCACCACGCUUCCUACCACUACGACGACCACUACGGCUGCAACUUCUACCACUACUACUACAGCCGCCACCACCACUACAACCACUACAACAGAGGCACCUACCACCACUCUCUUCGUCCCAAUCGUAACCACGCCGCCUCCCACCACGACCACUGAGCCUCCGUCCAGUACCAGCGGAGAAGAAGGUCCUCUGCCAUGUAACGUGACUGAGAAGUUCUGGGUCAGAACAGUUUUGUCCAUUGAGCUGCGCAGGAAUUGCCUGGAUUCAAUUCGGAAACAGAACCUCUAUAAAGGGCUGAGCUACGCCCUGCAGAGAGCACUCAACGACUCCACAGCCAAUGCACAGGUGGAACGCGACGACUGUAGCGCCCACAACGUGACGUUGGGUUACUAUGUGACUGGCGGCAAGACCAUCUUCGUCUCCUCCUUGGUGGUGGAGGCACUGCACGUCUACGGCUUCGACAAGCUGCUGUCGGACAUCAGGCAGCACUCCCCGUUGGUCAAGGCGGUCCUGGUUCCCGUGGCAACCUGGUUGCCCGCCCUAAGCAUACACCUGCAGCUGAAAACAGUGUUGAGGUUCGUCGGCCCAACGGAUAACAUCUACUCGUGCAGUUUCGUCCAAAUGUUGGAGCAGCGACUGGAAAACGCGUUCGACGAGGCUCAGGACAAAGUGCUGGAGACCUACAACAGACUCACCGUGGAGAUCCAGAGCGUGUCCCAGGAGUCGGGCUCUCCAUCCGUCUCACUGGUGUAUGUGGUGAAAAACCAGGAGGCCAUUCUCAACGGAACGAUCGCCAGCGGCCUCCUCAACCAGCUGACCGCCGAGCUGGUGGGAUACUUUCUCUUCUACCCACCGAUGGUCAUCGCCGAGCCCCUUGAAUACCAUAACCUCAACACCUCAAUGGCGACUAAGAACUUCUGGGUGAUAACAGUGAUCCAGGAUGUAGAGAGCGCCUCCAUGGAGGCCAACUACCAGAGCUUCGCCAACCUGAUGGAGCAGCGGCUGGCUGAGCUCUUCCUGGUAGCCGGCAGGCAGGGCCCUCGGACGCCGCGUCCUCGGCGCGCCACCACCGUGGGGAGCUACACAGUACAGAUGGUGAGCAUGCGUCGGCUGCCCGGUCCCAAAAACCCAGCCGAGAUGACCUACUACGCCCAGCAAAACGGGGCCCCCAUCGCCGGGUCAGCCGCCGCCAAGACCCUCAGCAGUCUGGACUCCCAGACCAUGGCACUGACACUGGGUUACUUUGUGCAAGUGCAGGCUGAACCUGUGGUAAAGACGCCGCCCAGCAACCUGUGGAUCAUGGCCGUCCUGACGCCUCUCUUCCUGCUGAUGGUGGUGGUCGUCAUGGUGUCCUUGAUCCUGUGCAAGAGGAACAGGGUCAUCUUCAAAACUGGCGCCUUCAGGAACUUCAAAACGCGCUCCAAGACCUCAUAUCGGAGGGAGGGCAGUUACCACCACCAGCCAGUCCAGGGUUUUGAUUACGCCAAGAAGCACAUGGGUCGAACCGGUGACGAGGCCGUAUCCGUUACCAAGGAAACGCUGGUGCUAGGGCUGCCGGUACGAGAUGCUCCGCUGUCUCUGUCAUUGGAUAAGAAGGUCCACCAGGACGGGACCGCAAGCAAGAGGCCCCCCUCCGCUGACACGCACAAAGGAGGGCGGUUGCCAAGCGAGGAGGACGGCUCGGUGUCAAGUAGCGGCUCCGGGAAGCUUAACACCAGCAAGAGCUCCUCUGCCCGAAGAACGGUGACCGGCAGCAGCAGCAAGAACGGCAAGGAGGAGCUCCACAAGAGGAGCACCAACGACCCCUACGAAGACCACUCGGGCUCUCUGCGCCUCAUCACCAUCAAACCCAUGACUGCUCAGCCGACCUUCUCCUACCCCCCCACCUCAUCACACAGCCAGGACUCUGUGGUCUUUAACGGGGAGGCCAACCAUGGCGGGCUGAAGCAGAAGUCUGACAUUGAGCACUACAGGAACAAAUUGCGUCAGAAGGCCCGGAGGAAGGGAUACGGAGAGUUCUCUCUGUCCGAGACCGGUAGCCAUGGUUACGGUCACCGCGACGGCAGGCACAAUCGGCACGACAACGGGGUCAAAGAGCCAAUGACCGCUGAGGAGAAGAGGGCCUCCUUUGCAGGAUGUCAUAAGAGGUACUCCCACCCACGGGAGCCCGCCUACUGGAGCCGGCAGUCUCUGAGCAGCCCGAGCCCGGUAGAGACGGAGAUGGACCUGCUGGUGCUGAGAGAGAGAUCCAGGAGGGGCAUCCGAAACAACGGCUACGAUGCCGAGCCGGAGCCUUUUGAGGAGACCAACAUGGACCGUCUGAUGAGCUCCCUCGGAUACGGAGGCGGGUCCACUGGUACCGGGAACGGCAGCCUGGGGGUGAAGGCUCACCGCGGUUCCGACUCCUCCACACUCAGCUCCCAGCCAUCCAUUGACGAAGUCCACACGCAGAUGCACAUGUUGCUAGGCAACACCUUCAGCCUGGCGCCUCCGGACCACGACCCCCCUUCUCCUCCGACCAACCACCACCGCCACCACUACCACGGCCACAGAGCCUACAACCCGUCCCACACCAGCCACUACAGCGACGGGGUGACCAGCGCCCCGGGGACCAUGAACCAUCCCUGCGGCGGCAGGCAGAGGAGUGCAGGAUACGAGGACAUGCACCAGUGUAGCCUACCCAAACCGGGUUUCCGGUUCACUCAGCUUCCAGAUAUGGGCAUCGGGUCUCCCCCGCCGCUGAUCCCCUCGAGACCACCACCCGGGACCUCACUGCGACGUUCCACCCCGGAUGUUAGCCUAAAGCCCCGUGGGUCAGAGGCCUUAAACAUGCAGGCCCAGCAGCACAACGGGGCCCCGUACCUGCCGCUGUCCAGGGCGCCCUUCCCCGCCGUCACCGUUGACCAGUCCAUCAGCACAUACUCAGGAAACCCAAUAACAGCCGUCUACGCUAUCUCUGCCAACCGCCCGGGUUACUCAGACUACUUCGUCAUGUCGCCGCCGUCCUCCUACCGGAGCCCGUCCUGGAUGUCCUACCCACCUGAGCAAGACGACCUGCCGCGGCAGUGGAGCGACACGCCGAACUCGCGUCAUCUUGAAACCAUCUGCUGAAGACGUUUGCCUGGGACACUGGGUGAAAACGGAUAGCUCGGUGUCUCUCUGGAUCGGCAGAGGACCUCCCUCUCACCAAAAACUCUGGAGCUUUAUCACUUUGGCCUGACCCGGCCCGGCCUUGCUCCUGUCCGAUUUAAUCAUCCGUGAUGGGUUUCUUCAGCCAACCCUUCCUCUCAACUGGGCAGGCCUUCAUCUUUCCUCUUUCAGUACGCUUCACCUACAGCUCAAAGCGUUUCUCCGCCACCACGCCUCUGGCCCAUGGGCCCCCUCACCUCCCGGUCCAAAGCUCUGCUUGUUCAGCCGUAAUUCUCUCUCUUCCUCUACUCUCUCUCGCUCUGCUCCUUGAGCCCCGUGUCCUCACUGGCCCUCACUGGCCCCUCCGGAGCCAAUAGUCACCACGUCCUAAGGAGACGGCCUCUUCCCGGGGUGACCCCAGUUGUACAGCAAGAGACGGCCCCCUCACACUGCAGAACUGAAGUGAGCCGUGCAGCGUGAAGCUGGCACGGGGCGUCCCUGCGUAAAGCCACACGCGUGUGCAGUACUGGUGGAACAGGGUGAAUAAAUCACAUGAACCGCCCCAGCAAUCAACAUAUGGUAACUACCGUCCGCCCAGCACACGGUGGCACCCGGUGCUGCGUUAUCAGCACCCCGGGUCCCCAACCGUGGCCGGUCGUAUGCUCGUCCUCUGGAACCGGAUCGGACCAUCGUGAAUUUGUCUCAUGAUUUCCAUCCCGAAGCCAUGAAAGCUGAACUGACUUAAAACUGUGUUUUCUUUUGUCGUUGAUUCAAAAUUCUUACUGUGUAAACAAACAACUGGUUAAUAUGUGUAUUUUGAACUUAAGUGGGAAAAAAAUGAUUUGAGGAAAAGGAAGAAAAAAAAACCCUCUCGUCUUUAGCUGUCUCAAAUUCUGUUUUUGGAUCUCUGUGCUUUUGUCUUUUACUUUUGUACAUUGAUUGUUAUCAAUGGAUUAUUGUACAAAACGUAGUGAGUGUUUCUCUUUCACUCUUACUUUAAGGCAAAAAAAUAUAUAGCUCAUUCUUCAAAACAGAGAUAUUUACGGCUUAGUUGUCCGUGGUUAUGAUGCCAUUUCUAUACUUAAUGACUUUGUUUUACUUAUUUCCUUCGUCAGAUUCAGUAGUGAAAACAGGAAUACUUCGCUAUGUUCCAGGCUAUCAUCCGUUAUGGCGUUUUUGUCUGCUGAUCAUUAGGCAGACUUGGGUUUAUAACUAACUGAAAUCCAAUCACAUGUGGUUCUGUGUUUUGUAGCUUUGCAGCCAACGCAGGGUUGAUUUUGCUCUUCUAGUUAAAUAUAAAAAAAAGAAACAACAAUACAACACUGACUUCAUGAUGACUUGGAUUUGAACAAUUCCAAAUCUGGUCUGACUCCGGUCUGUUGAGAUUAUUUGAACACACCAGUACUCUUAGAAGAGCAAUUCUUCUACUAUAAAAGGUGUCUGCUGUAUUCUACUGUGUGAUCAUAUGACUUUGGGGUUUCUUGAUGAAGAGAGGUGUAUAUUUGGUCACUGAAAUAUGGUUUAGUACUGUUCAAGAGACUAGCCGGGCUCAGGUGAGCCGCAUAUGUGACGAUAUGUGUUGUUGUACAUAGCAGAUGAUUUAAAGAAGAGAUUUAUGCAAGUACAGUGGGCUAGAUAAUACUUGUGUGGGACACUUUCCUGACGACAUUCUUCCUUACUUAUUUUCCAUUGCAUUUUUGAUGGAGCGAGGGGGCAGACUCUGAAAGACAAACGCAUAAUCGGGAUCUUUUUUUCCCCCCUCACCAUUCUACAAAUGGCCGGAGUGUUUCCAGUGAUGUGUGGCAAAAGGCAGAUCUCCUUCUGCAUUUACAGUUUUCUUUACGUUUGGACAAAGCCAAAAUAGCCAUAAUACUAAAUACUGCAAUUAUUUUGUACAAAGAAUGUCACAGUCUAAAUUAUAUUUAGCAUCAUUUUUUCUGAAGAGACCUGGAAUUGUGCAGGCACACUGUAUGUAAGGCUCCUCAUCACUUAGAUGGUACCAGAGGAGAUUAUAGCCAUACAUUAAUUUCACCAACAUAUACAGUGUUAUGUUAAAGUGGCAAAUGAAAUCAAAUGGGAGUUUAUUAAAUAGAAAAUUAUAGUAUAGAUAGAAAUAAGUAGGUUAGUGCGUGUAGUUUAUCAAGACAAGAGCACUUUCAUAAAGAGCCAGAACCUUUGCAGAAACGGGCAAAAGCAAUGAAACAAUGCUGUUGUACAGCAUAAUAUAUAUUUAGAUUAUAUAAAUCCACAAACUUUGCGAUUGCUUUCAAGUAAGCAGGAAAACUGUAAACGCAUACAAUAAAUUACAAAAGUUUAAGCUAAAUUUACGAUGCACUUUUUUCCGGAUCCCUAAGCUGCCAGUGACCACAUUGGACAAUGUUAAGUGAGGAAACCGGACAUUUUUAAUUUCCUGAAGGGGCGUUUACUUAAAAAUAAAGGGCACAGUAAUGUUAAUAUUUUUAAUAAAUUCUUAAAUGUGACCUAAAACCCCCAAUUUGCUAGCAUUGAGAGCGCUCUGUAGGUAAUAUCCAAUGUCUGAGGGGAAGUUCUUAGGGGGUUGUAAUAGCAGACCUCAGUAGUUGUGGUAUCCUGGCAGCCCUGCCUCUGUAUUCGUACUUGAAGUCGUAAAUAUAGUCGUCUUUCCCAGUUUCUAAAUCCUGGCCCUGCACGUGUCAAAAAGUACACGUGGAUAGGAACGAAGGGAAAAGGCGAUGAGAUGACGAUCCUCCAUCAUUAUGAGUGCACACGGUGCUAAUAUCGUUUUGAAUCAUCAUCAUCAUCCUCGUCAUCACUGGAUAUCUUAUUGGGAGUGAUGUUGAAGAGAGGGGACGGGCGGGCUUUUGUUUUUUAUUAAGCAGUGAUUUUAAGAAGGAAGCCUUGAUGCUAUUCUAUGAGUUGAUGUGCAAUGUUUGUGCUUUACACGGUUAGUGGCGAGAUGAUCUGACUCUGGGAUGGACCGACAAGCCAAUAGUCCUCUCUCCGCCGUCGGAGCGCUGAUGAUGUCACGCUGCCGUCGGUAAAGUCACGGUGACAACGAUGAAUGCUGUUGGAUGUAGUUAUGCAGAAAACCUUUUGGUGAAAUUUAAACAAUAAAGACAAUUUACCAUUC